AUGGCGGCACGAAGAGAAGUGCGCUCUACGCGAUGCUCUGGCUGCUCCGGCGAGUUCUUUUGGCCAGCUUCGGCAACGCAAUCUAGCAGUCUGUUCCCGUUGUUGUGUGGGGAAAUCUUUUGUCGUGAGUGUCUGGCUCAGAAAGCUCGAGUAGUGUUGUCGAGCAGAGUUGUGCCACUGCGGUGCUGCGGGCUGGUGGUUCCCCAUGACUUCAUUCGCGAAGUCCUGGAGCAUGAAGAAGACGUCUACUACUCGUUCCUGAUGGAGCUUCCUACUAGUGACGCUAGAGUGAAGAAAGGAGGAGCAACGCACAAGAAUAUGAAGACGACUACUGUAUCUCCGCUCUCUGCUAGAGCGCGAAGUCAAGUUAUUGAUGAUGAGGCUCUGCCACGUCAGCGUGAAAUUACACAACCAGUUACUGGGAGCUCAAAAUCUACGCCAGUUCUCGCUCCUGCUCAGCCACCGGGGCCUCGCUAUCGUACACGCAGUUCCAUGGCUCGUUUUGCUAUUGAACAAGACUCAAAGCGAAGCGCAGUUGCUACAACUGCCUUACCCAGUGCAACGAGACAGCCGCCCGCGUCUCCUGAUCCCAAGUUUUGUGCUAUGUGUGGGAGUCAUGUACACUACUCGCGGUUUAAAGCUCCAUGCGGCGACGAAUUCUGCCACAUGUGUAUCGUGACCGAAGUUACCCGAUUUCUCGACGCGAAGUCCGACGAUGUUGCUCCAGCAAGUUGUUGUGGCAAAGCACUGCCGCUGGAUCUAGUGCGACGCGUGAUUACUGGACCAUUGCUGAAGACGUAUGCAAAGCGUAUGUCAGACUAUGUCAGUGCGACAACCAGUACUCCAAGCAUACGAGGAACCAAGCGUAAGGCUGCGCCGGAAAAGAAAAUAACUGUGGCUACACGAGGAUCGAAAGGCAAGGCCCCUGCCAAGAGAGUGAAGACAUCUGGCAACGAAAAGCAAGAAAAUGAGCGGGUGUGCGUUGCGUGCUACUCCAGCGUUCGUACACCCAGCCAAUGGCGAGUUAUGCCGUGUGGCCACGGCUACUGUGCGCAGUGUCUUGCAAAGAUGGCAAAGGCGAGUCUUACGGACCGCAACCAAGUCCCGAUCAGUUGCUGCUCCAAGGAGAUUCCGAUGGAUUACGUUGAAAGAGCACUGGGCAAGAACCAAUUUUUGCAGUACAAGCGUUAUCUAGCUGAACGCGAUCCAAAAACGUCAACGCUGCAAUCGGAUCGGGACUACGCGACGCUAGUGCAAAAAAACCAUGGGAAACAAUGCCCUCAAUGUGGGAUUGGUGUUUUGAAAAUUGCUGGAUGCAAUCAUAUCACUUGCCCUCUUGGCCACUACUUUUGUUGGGAGUGCCUCGAGACAAAAUGCGUCUGCUGGAAGGCCACUAGCUGA